AUGGGGACCAUGACGAUCGGUGCCAAGUACAAGACCACGCUCAGGGACCCCGGCCACGGCGGCGUCCUCCGCAUGAGUGAAGACAAGUUAAUAUUUACCCCUAAUGAUCCACGCUCACUAAUGAAGCUCAAUGUUGAUUUCCGAAGCAUCAAAGGCCACAAGUUUAACAAGGUAGAUGGCAGCAAACCAACGCCGCCAUUAUUGAAUCUUUCAAAAGAUUCUGACAAGGGGGGAGGCUAUAUUUUUGAGUUUGACAAUGUUGGUAACCGUGAUUUGUGUCGCGACUUUGUAGCUAGGGUUUUAGGCAAACAUCAAGGUACUGUGCCUGCUAGAACAAAUGUACCUCCAGAAAAAUCAGCUGUGUCAACUGGUCCAGAACAGCUCAGUUCUGCCGAAAUGGAACGGCGGAUGAAAUUGCUACGAGAAGACAGUGAACUGCAGAAGUUACAUAAGAAGUUUGUGCUUGGCAAUAUUCUGCAAGAGUCUGAAUUUUGGGCAACAAGAAAGAAUUUACUUGACGAUGAAACAAACAAAGCAUCAAAACAAAAGCCAGGUUUCAAAAGUGCCAUGCUAGCUGAUGUUAGGCCAUCAGCUGAUGGACAGACAAACAAGGUUACUUUCAGUCUGACUACUGAGAUUAUCCAUCAGAUUUUUGCAGAAAAGCCAGCCGUGCAUCGGGCAUUUUUGGAUUAUGUCCCGAAGAAGUUGUCAGAAAAGGAUUUUUGGACAAAAUACUGUAGAGCUGAGUAUCUACUUAGGACAAAAAAUACUUUAGCGGCAAAAGCUGAAGCCGCUGAUGAUGAGGAAUUAGCCAUGUUUUUGAAAAAUGAUGAUAUACUUGCCAAGGAGGCAAAGCUCAAGAUAAAACGAGUUGAUCCAACAUUAGACAUGGAGGCAGAUGCAGGGGAUGACUACAUCCAUCUUCCGGAUCAUGGGGUUCUCCGUGAUGGCAGCAGAGAGACAACUGAUAUUGAUAGCGAGUUGGCUAGGAGAACACUUUCUCAGGAUCUGAAUCGGCAUGCUGCUGUUGUUCUUGAAGGGAGAUCAACAGAUAUUGAAUCAACUGAUACGAAGACUGUGGCUGAAGCACUUGCAAGGUCCAAGAAGGAACCACCUCCUAGCUCUGCUGCUGAUGAUGCUAGUCAUGAGAGAUUGGUAAAGGUGGCCCGCAUGACUGAGAUAGAGGAUCUGCAAGCUCCACGAAGUCUCCCAUAUGCACCACUUUGUAUAAAGGAUCCUCGAGAAUAUUUUGAUUCUCAGCAAGCAAAUGCUCUGAGACCUUUAGGUAGCAACGAUGGAAGAAAGGCCCGCAGCUGCAGCCUGAACACCGAUGAUGCAUUCCGUCAUUUAAUGGAUCAAAUAUCUUCUGUGAAAAUGAACUGUCCUGUUGUUCAGUCAGAUGUUGCUCUAAAGGUUCUUAGCGAAUUGAAUGAAGGAAUUUCACGUUCACGGAGGCUUAAUCUUAAGAAUCCCCAAGACAGUCUCCUUGGUCGUCUUCCUCACCGAACACGAGAGGAACUUAUGGAUCAUUGGACGGCUAUCCAGGAGUUGCUGCGCCAUUUUUGGUCAUCAUACCCAAUAACAACCACAGUCCUUAGUAAUAAGGUUCAACGGCUGAAGGAAGCAAUGACACAGAUAUAUCAGAAGUUACAGGAUAUAAAGGAAUCAGCACAGCCUGAUGUACGACAUGAAAUAUCUCAACUCGUAAAGCCCAUGACACAGGCGCUGGAUGCUGCAUUCUACCAUGACCAGCAGCAGAAAUCUUCAAAGGCCGGUACCGGGAGCAAGCCCAAUGGGUUUUGA